GGUUCUCGUCGCUAUGGUGAUGACUCCGCGCUGGCCCUGUGCCACCAAUUUCCACGGCCUGGAGGAGGGUCCAGACCCCGCCCCCGACGUCGGGAUUCGAGAGCUGUGAGCCAGUCCCGCGAGGCCCUCGUUGCUGUAGUGAUUUGCUGCAGCCCGCGCGCGCCGGAAGCUGGUCUCUGCAGCUUUGAAUACUGGAAGAAUGAGGUCCUCUUGGACCUCUUGGGGGCCCCCUGUGAGCCAGGACCGCAUCAUCACCAGCUUCCCUAAGUGGUACACAUCUGAUGCCUGCCUGCAGCUCAAGGAGCACUUCCACAGCCAGGUCAGCACUGCCUGCCAGCACAGGAACACGGGCACUGCUGGGCUCAAGCUCUCCAAGGUGGUGGUAGUUGGCGACCUCUAUGUGGGGAAGACUAGCCUCAUUCACAGGUUGUGCAAGAAUGUUUUCGACCGUGAUUACAAGGCCACUAUUGGGGUGGACUUUGAAAUCGAGCGCUUUGAGAUCGCGGGGAUUCCCUACAGCCUCCAGAUCUGGGAUACAGCUGGGCAGGAGAAGUUCAAGUGUAUUGCGUCUGCCUACUACCGCGGUGCCCAAGUGAUCAUCACAGCCUUUGACCUCACCAAUGUGCAGACGCUGGAGCACACCAGGCAGUGGCUGGAUGAUGCACUGAGGGAGAAUGAGGCAGGCUCUUGCUUCCUCUUCCUCGUGGGAACCAAGAAGGAUCUCCUGUCGGAGGCAGCAUGUGAGCAAGCCGAAGCAGAGGCUGUGCACCUGGCCAAUGAGAUGCAGGCAGAGUACUGGUCUGUGUCAGCCAAAACCGGAGAGAACGUGACGGCAUUCUUCAGCCGUGUGGCCGCCCUAGCAUUUGAGCAGUCUGUACUCCAGGACCUAGAGAAGAGGCCCAGCAGCCAGUCCCAGGUCGGAGAUGGAGAUGGAGACCUAAUCCCAAGACUUGUCAGUAAAACUCACCUGCCAUCCCACCUGGGAGUCCUCUCAUCAAGAAGACACGGAGGUCUAGGUCUUCUAGCUUCAGCCCUAGAUAUCCGCUGUCCCUCGGCCACAGAAUUCCAGGACUCUGGAUCUCCACUGUUAAGCACAAUGGAAAAGUCCAUUUGGCCCCCUCAGCAGAGUCCUGCCUCCAUCUCUGAGAUUCCCCAUGGUCAGUGGAUGAGAAGGGAGACCUCCGGCCCAUCAGAAGACAAAUCGUCUUGACUAUGCUGAGAAAUAACAAUUGCAUGGAGUCCAUCUGGAUCUCAUUCUACAUCCCGAGCCUGAUGCUGCCCUGUGCUGCCAUCUAUGCCCAUCCCUGCUUACCUACCGUGUGUCUCUCCAGCUGACCUGUGUAUCUCUCGGGACUUUGGCAGUGGUCUACAUAUCUCUGGAGAACUUGGGACGUACAUGCAGACUCUAGUAUGUCUAACCCCCUCCAGCAUGACGCUCCUACUUGGGUCCAGGGUCUUCCCAACUCCUCACCCACUCUGUAUUCCUAUAGCUGGGUCCAGACCUGUGCAAUAUUGUCUCACUCCUGCCAUAAGAAGGUGGGCACAGCUGGCACUCCUAGGCGCUGCUUCUCUCCCCCUGCCCCCACCCAAUACAGGCUCUCAGGUUCUCACAUAGCCCAUGCUGGCCUCCAGCUCUGUGUGUAGCUGUGUCUGACCUUGGAUUUGAUUUGCCCUCCAUCUCCCAAGUGCUGGGACUACAGGCAGGUACCACCAGAUCUAGGAACACCUGCUCUCAAGAAUGGUAAACAUCUGCAGGCAGCCGUGUUGGUCAGUGCCCUUUUCUAAGUGCCUGGCAUACCAUGCAUUUCUGUGAGUGUUCAUUAACUCAGCAAUGGCCAAACACCCGAGAACAGUGGCGUAUUUUCCUGUUCAACACCAACAUUCACUAGCUUUACUGUAGCUCCAUCCUCCCUUCCUGUCCCCUUCUCUCCCCCCCCCCCCUCGCUAAAACAAGGUGUCACCAGGAAUACUAGGCAGGCCUUGAGCUUGCACCGCCCCCAAGUGCCGGAGCUCUUGGGAGACACAGAGUCGCAUUUGACUCAAGCUCUUUUAUUUGAAAAAAGUAGGUUAAGCGUCUCUUUAAAAGAAUUAUGUGUUUGGUGUUAAACUAGGUGGUUAGCAUGUAAACAGAAAUACUUCUGCCUGAAAGUCAGUUGUACUCUUCGAAGUGAACCUGGCUAACAGUUGAUAAAAUUCCUUCUGCGCUGUCCUUCCCCGCCCCUUCUGACUUGUUUCUCCAGAGUGCCCUUGUACAGUGCACACUGCCUGCUGGGCUACCUGCCCAGUGAUCUGCCCCGAUCUCUCAUGGUGGGUGUGUGCCAAGCCUUCCCAUACUUUAGCAAAACAUACCGUUUCCUUAGUGUGGCUAAACUGAAGUUCAUUUGACUUCCUUAUCUACUGGUCAGCUGGUUCGUGUCCCGCUGCUGUUAGCUCUCACCCGUAGCACUAUAGGAUUUCCAAAGGGGCUGGGCAGACUCCGCUGAAUUGUGGCCCCUACCCAGGUCCCCCAAGACACACAGGCCACAUUGUUGUUGCGUUUGGGAGGUCUGGGUCUAGCGGGUGUAGCCUAAGGCUUCACAGAGUGGAAGUAGAUGGCAGUGGUGACCUGAUGCCUCCCUGUCCUUCCAGGACCUAGCGGAGUGAUGCAGAGGGUUUCCCGUCAUGAGCUCCAGAGCUACAAGUACACUGCUUUGCAUACACCCAUGUGAUGUGGGAUUUCCCUCUGUAUGCUUGAAUACCAUUGAUGAAUAAAGAAACUGCUUGGGACCUAUAGAAGGGCAGAGCUUAGGUAGGCGGAUAAGAGAGAACUGGAUGCUGGGA